GAAGAACUGUGAGUUAACACGGUAUAAUGUUGUAGAUUAAAAAUGCAGAUUUAGUUAAUGUAGUGAAUUUAAUCAUGCAAGAUGCACUAAAUAAACGUGCUAUAAAUUGGUCAAAAAAGUGGCAUAUGCUUAUCGUAAUUCCAAAACGUAGUGAAAUUCGUAACAACAGUAAGUGAAGAAAAUGCAACCUUGCAAACGUCACUGCAUUACAGUUAAUUCGUCUUCGGCAGUUGAGUACUUGUUGACUAUCAAAAAAAAAACAUUAAAAUUAAAAAGAAAAAAGUUGAGUUUAAAAAGAAAUUAUGGAAACGAUAGAAAAAGAAAAAGUGACUACAAAUCCUUCAAAUAAAAGGUGGCAGAAGAAAGAAAUUGAAAAACUGUUGAAUUAUAUUUGUAGAGCGGGAAAAUUUGAGGUCCCAACAGCUCAAAUAUAUUAUACAAAAUGUCUAGAAGAAACAAAAAUUGAUGCUAGUUGGCACUUACUACGUUGGAAAAUGCGACAUCUUAAAAGCAAUUACAUCAGAGCAAAUCAAUGGAUUAAAUCUACUAAACCUAGUAUUUUGAAAUCUGAAUUUGGAACUGAAAAAGUACAAGCACGGGUUAUGAAGAUAUGUCCGCAUUAUUUCUUAUUAAAACAAAUUUUUCCUCUCAACACAAACGAAGAUCUGACAACCGCCAAUAUUGAUGACAUGGUAGAUAUAAAAUAUGAGAUAAGUUCACAGCCGGAUCCUAUAGAUGACUCCACAUCAUUCUCAACUCCCCCCGCUAGCCCAGGUUGCAUGAUUUCAAAUGGCACUAAAGAUUUCAUUUCAGAAACACAAAAUCCAACGAAGACAACGUAUGAAAGCCCUCCUGCUACCCCAGAUUGCAAGGCUUGGAACGAGACAAAAGAUUUUGUUCCAGAAAUGCAUAAACUAAUGUACGAGAAUCGUCCCAUUACGCCAAGUGGGAAGGUUCCAAGUGCUGCAAAAGAUUCUGUUUCAGAUAUACUGAAAGUAGCUUCGAAAUCGUAUGAAAAUCCUGCUACUCCAGGUUUUAAUGUUUCAAGUAGCGUAAAAGAUUUUGUCCUAGAAAUGCAUAAAUCACUCUCAUCAUCAUUUGAAAGUCCUCCGGCUACCCCUGGCUUCACAGUUUCAAAGAUUGCAAACGAUUUUGUUCCAGGAGUGCAGAAAACACUUUUGAAAUCAAAUGAAAGUCCUCCCACUACCGCAAAAGGCAGGGCUUCAAGUGACGCUUCCACCGCGAAUUUCACAGUUUCAAGUGACACAAAAGAUUUUAUUGAAGAAAUGCAUAAAUCACUAUCGAAUUCAUUUGAAAGUCCUCCCGAUAGCCCAUGUUUCCCGGUUACAAUUAACACAAAAUAUUUUGAUCCAGAUAUGCGGAAAUCACAAUUGAAAUCACAUGAAAGUCCUUCUACUACUCCGGAUUGUAGGCUUUCGAGUAAAUCAUUAUCGAAAUCAAUUGAAAGUGUUCCUGCUACCCCAGUUUUUCCGAUAUUAAGUAACACAAAGAAUUUUGUUCCGGUAAUGCAGAAAUCAGCACCGAAGUCAUAUAAAAGAUACUUAACAUCCUAUAAAGCAGAAAAUAAAAUGUUUAACAGAUUGAAGUCGGAAAGGAAAACAAACAAGAUGGAACGAGAAAUAGAACUAGAAGAAAAAAAACUCGAGUUUCAAAAAGAAAAAUUCAAAAUUAGUAUGGAGUUGAAAUUAUAUAAAUUAAAACUCAAGAAAAUCGCUUUGGAACAAAGGGAGAGGUUCCAAAAAAUGAAGAUUGAAAAAGAAAAGUAUUUAGCUAUGUAUGAGUUAAACUUAAAAUAUAAGAAUUAAUAA